CAGUCUCACGAUGAAUGAGACUGUCACACGCUAUUUUCCUCGGAACUCGAGUCCUGAAGAUUGCACGAACGGCACGAUUAUUACCUCCUUGCAAGGUCUAAAUUACACCCAGUAUUGUAAUUCUGACAUCGUGGCACAUGAUCGCGACAAUAGCGAAAUGGCAACCUUGCAAGAGUGCAUCGACACUUGUACUCAGCAUGGUCCAGCCUGUCUUGGUGUAGUAUGGAUAUUUGUGUAUAAAAAGUGUUAUCUAAAAGAUACUUCGGUGACAAAGUCCGAUUUGGUGUCUCAUGUCUCUGGCAUCUCUGCUUUGGCCUCUGAAAAGCAGUAUGAGCAACGGAGGGCGGACUUCGCCUGUCCGUACCCUAACAUGUCCUUGCAAAAAUCACGACUCGGUAUGGAUCUCAAGAUAUUCUGUGGAAGCAUUUUUCGCUUUCACGGCGUAGGAAUCCUUGACAAGGUGCAUGUAAAGUCUCUGGAUGAGUGCAUGGAGCGUUGCUCCAGCUCUCACCCUCUCUGCGCUCGAUUUAUCUAUGGCGCAGACUUGGUAGGGUUGGGAUGGCUCAAUUGCUGGCUUGCGAAGUCAGGUGGAGACGAUCUACUUGUUCCUUGGACCAGAACGAUGGCACACUCGGGAAUAACCGUCAUAAAUGUUCUCGAUAAACCAAAUUGGAAGAACGACUCAGUUCAGGUCGACAGCAGUGGUAGAUCGUUUAAAAUAUCACGCGACGACUUCCGGGAUCUCAACAACAGCAAAGUGCCGUUCUUAGCCGCGUACCAUGAAAAGACUGUCCAGAGUUGCAUGGAUAGAUGUUCCGAGGUAGAGAACGCCUGCAUUGCAGCAACGUUCGAUAGCGGUCUUCAACAAGGCUUCCUUAAUUGCUACCUAUUUCGCAAUUUGCCCCCGCCUCAUAGUCGAGAUCCAGAUCAUACAUUCUUCUAUCUUCAAUCGCGAUCCGAUCAGUACCAGCCACCCCCCAUCCAAGUUCGCGCCCAUCUGAAUGGCGGGCAGAUCUCUAGUGCAGUGUUGGGCGGGUUAUUCGUACUGGGAAUCAUACUUGGAGGAGUAUGGCACUUGAAGUCGAAAAGAAAGUCAAAGCUUAAGGCAGGUUAAGUUAUAGGUGUUAAAUAUUCAAGUAUCUAUAGUAUUCUUUAGCAAAGUAGGUUUCUUAGCUUGCGUAAACGGAUAGUAAGACCCUUUAAAUCUAGUUUCAAACCAACAAUGCUGCUACAAGUACGCCAACAGCAACAAAGUGCUACACGCCAGCCACAUACUCCAUUCUCCUGCCCAUUUAGACCUGCGUAACGGCCCGCGACAGGAGGUGUGCAGGCUAAACGUU